AAGGACUUCUCGGAAUCGUGGCUGUCACGUUUAUGAUGUCUCAUAUUGCGUGCUUAUCGGAUGCACGUCUCACAGAUCUACAGAGCCCAGGUCCACAGAUCAUCACGAACUGUUCAAGACAUACAUAAGAAACGAUGUAGUACCACAAUGGAUUUAUUGCGCCGUUUAAAGUGCAGUGUGCUGCACCACAUUCCUCAUAUAACCUCCAAUCCACCUCUUGCGCCCUAGUCCUCGACGCAAUAUGUCAACGUCGUCUAGUGUCAAGCAGGGGGAGCUCGAAGAGAGCUCCCCUACGACCGCGACGGGUCCCAUACCACCACCGGUCCGGCAGAAGCCCCCAUUCUUUCGCAGCACUCUCUUUCAAAUCCUCGUCGUGGGUAUUUGCGCAUUCAGCGCCCCCGGAAUAUGGAGCGCCAUGAACGGCCUCGGUGUGGGUGGUUCUCAAAGCCCAGACCUGGUUAACGCCGCCAAUGCCUUACUCUAUGCCUUUAUGACAGUAACCUGCUUCGCCGGGCCGUGGCUCACUAACAUAAUCGGGUUCCGCUGGACGCUCGCAAUCGGCUCUCUCGGCUACCCCCUUUACGCUGCAGGGUUAUAUGUUAAUAACCGUUUCGGGUCGACGUGGUUCGUGUAUGUUGGCGCUGUUGCGUGCGGGCUGAGUGCAGGAUUCUUCUGGAGCGUGGAGGGAGCCAUCGCUACGGGGUAUCCGGAGCAGGGAAAGCGCGGGCGGUAUAUCGCGACGUGGUUCACGUUCCGGAAUUUUGGGAAUAUCAUCGGGGGAGCCAUCUCCCUCGCUAUCAACCACAAGGCAGACCACCGCGGUAAGAUUGGUUAUGAAACCUACCUCGGCUUCAUCGCCAUUCAGUGCCUAGGCUUUUUCUUCGGCCUGCUACUAUCGAAUCCAGAGAAGGUGCAGCGCGAUGACGGGACUCGCAUCGAGGCCAAACGGGGAACAGCGUGGAGGGACGAAGGGAAGGAGAUGUGGCGCUUACUCCGCAGCAAGCCGAUAUUGCUCCUAUUCCCGCUGUUCUGGUACUAUGGUUGGAUCCAAGCCUACCCCGGCACGUAUCUCGCGACAUACUUCACAGUACGCUCGCGCGCUCUAGCAAGCUUCCUCUCCGCCGUCGUCGGGACGAUAGCUACCUGGGUGAGCGGCUCGAUCGUGGACCUACCGUGGGCAAAACGGCGGCAGACACGGGCCAUAACGGCAUUCGUGUUAAUUGCGCUGCUCAACAGCGCGACCUGGAUCUGGGCCGUGUACAUCCAAAAUGAGUACCGUCACACCAAGCCGACGCUAGAUUGGGGGGAUCAGAGCUCUUUCGGGCGCGGCUUCGGGUUGUAUAUGUUUGAGCGAAUCAGUCUCGGCAUGGUGGAGAAUUACAUCUACUGGUGUAUUAGCAACUUGUCUGAUUCUCCUGGUGACCAAAUCCGGUACAGCUCUCUGCUGAGGGGGAUUGAGACGGCGGCGGUUGCGGUGGGGUUCGGAGUGCAGGCGGUGCCGACGGCGUUGAUAGCCACGGCGAGUAUCAACUUCGCGUUUUGGUUUAUUGCGCUGCCAUUCGCGUAUUAUGCCACAUUGCAGGUUGUGCAGAAGUUUGAUCAGCUAGAGAAGUUAGGGAGUAUAUCUGAGGAUGAGAGAGUAGUAGAGCAAGUCAGUGUGGGCAAGGAGGCGUAGACAACUAUAUUGCUUUAAUUUAAU